UUUCGAAAGUAUCUUCCAAGUUCCAAACAGUCUAAGUUUAACUGUCGCUUAGAAUACUUGACAAAGAAAAAUCGUUCUGCAAACAUUUAAUUAGUGACAACAAUUGUAUUUCAACAUUUACAAGUCUUCAUCAAUAUGUCUCCAAUCUUUACUCUUUCAUUACUUUUGGCCAUUGCUGCAGUUCAUUCUAUUCCGUGUGGACCCAAUGCAAUUUAUAAUAAAUGUGGAUCUGCAUGUCGCAAAACAUGUCUCAGUAUAAAUGAUAAUCGGAAGUGUCUGUUCGACAAGAUGUGUCAUCCUGGCUGUGAAUGCAUAGAAGGAUAUGUAAGGGACCUUGAGUCCAAAAGAUGUGUUUUACCUCAUCAAUGCCCAAGAACAGUACCCCAACAGCUAUUUAAUCAAUUUCAAUGUGGACUUAAUAAAAUUUUUACACAGUGUGGAUCUUCAAGUGCUUGUCGCAAAACAUGCCUCAAUAUAAAUGAUAAUCGGCCCUGUCCGAGUGUCAUGUCAUGUCGUCCUACCUGUGAAUGCAUAAAAGGAUAUAUAAUGGACCUUGAGUCCAACAGAUGUAUUUUACCUCAGCAAUGCCCAAGAAGAAUAAUGCCAGUAUAUCGCAUUUAAAAAAAUUAUAUAGGAAAUAAUAAAGUAGGGCAAUAAUAAAAUUUAAAAAAAUA